GAGUUUAUUAUGUGUUAUGACUUGCAGUUUGUCCUCAAAUCUCAAACAAUAAUCCGAUUGACUCUUCAUUUACUAAASUUUUUUGUCUUUUUCGGUGACAUUUGAAGAUAUAUUUUAAUAUCUUUUAAUUAAUCCUAAUAUUUGUUAUCUUUAACGGGAAGUGUCAACACAUAAAAAGGCAAUAAAAUGAGUAUAAUGUCAUACAAUGGCGGAUGUGUUAUAGCGAUGAAAGGCAAGGGAUGUGUUGCCAUUGCAGCCGACAGAAGACUCGGAGUUCAAGGACACACUGUGUCAACUGAUUUCAAGAAGAUCUUCGAAAUGGGACCAACUCUUAUGGUAGGACUUCCCGGACUGGCCACCGAUACGUUGACAGUCUCGCAAAGACUUAAAUUUAGAAUCAAUUUGUAUGAAUUGCGUGAAAACAGGCGAAUCAGUCCCAAAACUUUUGGAUCAGUUGUGUCCAACUUAUUAUAUGAACGCCGGUUUGGACCGUACUUUAUAUCUCCAGUAAUUGCAGGCUUAGAUCCAAAGACAAGCGAACCAUAUAUAAGUACAAUGGAUUUGAUCGGUUGUAUUGAUGAAUCCGACGACUUUGUGUUAGCCGGAACUGCGGAAGAACAGGCAUUCGGUAUGUGUGAGACACUUUGGGAGCCCGACCUCGAACCGGAUGACCUCUUCGAGACCAUCUCUCAAGCAUUAGUUAAUGCAGUCGAUAGAGACGCUAUGUCUGGAUGGGGAGCUAUUGUCUAUGUCAUCGAAAAAGAUAAGAUUACUGAAAGAACUGUCAAAACUCGUAUGGAUUAAUGCAUUCAAUUCAAGAGUUAAUACUUGAAAAAAAAUUCCGUAUUUUUUAUUAAUGAAUAACUUAUAAAUAAAAACUUAAACAAAAAUUUUAUGAUUUUAUGAUUU